GAUACUUUUGCAGUGGAUACUUCAUGAUUGGAGUGAUGAUCACUGCUUGAAGUUGUUGAAGAACUGCUAUGAAGCUAUUCCAGAUGAUUGGAAGGUGAUUGUUAUGGAAUCAGUUCUUUCAAUCACGGCCCGGACAAGUCAUGCUGCGAAAGCGACCUCGCAACUUGAUUUACUGAUGAUGACUCACAGCCCAGGAGGGAAAGAACGGACUAUUGCUUAUAAAUUGCAUUUGAAAUUGGAGAAUUGGAUACUUCAUGAUUGGAGUGAUGAUCACUGCUUGAAGUUGUUGAAGAACUUCUACGAAGCUAUUCCAGAUGAUGGGAAGGUGAUUGUUAAUUAUGGAAUCAGCUGUUCUUUAAUCACGGCCAAGACAAGCCCUGCUGCGAAGGCGACCUCGCAACUUGAUGUACCGAUGAUGAUUCAAAACCCUGGAGGGAAAGAACGGACUGAACAUGAAUUCAUGGCCUUGGCCACUGGAGCUGGAUUCCGUGGUAUCAAGUAUGAAACCUUUGUUUGUAAUUUUUGGGCAAUGGAGUUCUUCAAGUAG